AUGAAAACAAUAUUGUUCAACUUUGGGAAGAAAACCCUUUUCAACAACACUACUAAACUAGUGGUGUUUCUGUUCUUCAUGAUUUUGAGUGCAGUCAAUUCCAACCCUCCCGUCCCUCCUACGAUGCCUCAACAUAGAUCUACAGGUCCGAUCCCACCUCCUGGCCCUAAUCCAUGCACUAAUAUCCCCGGAGGCGGUAAGGGCCAUUGCAGCUAA